AUGAACCCCCUUGAUUCUGGUCGUUUUACUUUCCCAGCCGAAUGGGACCGGCAUGUGGCAACCAUCCUGGGCUUCCCUUCGAAAGCGUCUUCGGUCGAAUCUCUUUACGAACCUCUUUGCAACGAGAUCGUGGACCUGGCCGCCGCCAUCGCGGACUUUGAGCCAGUGCGUCUGCACACACGACCGGAAGAUGUUCCUGCUGCCCAAGCACUGGUGCAGCGUAAACUGCGCGACCCCUCGCAGGUCAGCAUUGUCCCCGUGCCAAUCAACCAUUGCUGGGUCCGCGAUACGGGGCCCGUGUACGUGCACGACGCGACCGGCCAGUUAGACCCAAAACAGCGUUUGGCUAUCAGUUUCGAAUUCAACGAAUGGGGCAACAAGAACGGUUGGGCUGGUGUCGAUGAGUAUCGAUACGGAACACCGGCCAUGACCGCGGAGGUUUUGCGCGAGAACACCGACUUUGCGCGGAAUGUCAUUGCCGCCGACAAAUCGCCGUCCCCAGUACAAGCAGUUGUGUCACGCAUUCGUGCCGAGGGUGGCGCCCUGGUGGUCGACGGAGAAGGCACGCUCAUCGUUGCGGAGAGCUGCAUGGUCUGCGAGGAGCGGAACCCUGGUCUGUCGCGUGACGACAUCGAGGCCGAGCUCCGUCGCGUUCUCGGUGUCGAAAAGGUGAUAUGGGUCCCGGGGCGCAAGAACCUCGACAUCACGGAUUCGCAUCUUGAUGCCGAAGUGCGGUUCCUUCGGCCGGGUGUUGUCGUCUGGUUGCGACAUCAUCCCGAUUCGGACAAGAACUGGCUAGAUCUGUCAAACGAGGUGCUGGAGGCCUUGCAGAGCCAGACAGAUGCAAAGGGCCGGAAGCUGGAGAUUCACACGGUGGAAGAGCCGCCAAUAAGCGCGUUACCCUGCGCAGAAGACGACGAGUUCGUGGCGGGGUAUGUCAACUUCUAUUUCUGCAACGGUGGACUCAUCAUGCCCAAGUUUGGCGCGGAGAAAUGGGAUCAGAAAGCGAAAGAGACGCUGCAGGCGUUAAUGCCGGAGAGGGAAGUGAGACAAGUCCACCUCAACGCGAUUCCACUCAGCGGCGGCGUCAUCCACUGCGUUACCCAGCAGGUGCCUGCUCCUUUGGCUUAG